UUGGUUCCUGACAGGAUCCUCAGUGUGAAUGCCAGCAUCGACACUAUUGGAGAUAUUCUGCUAAAAAUCAUACCAACUCUGGAGGAGUACCAGCAUUACAGCGGGGUUGACUUUGACAGUGAGCUUCGCCUGCUCAUCCACCAGAGCCUGGCAGGCGGCAUCAUCGGGGUGAAAGGGGCCAAGAUAAAGGAGCUGAGAGAGACUUAA